AUGGCCGCCCAACCUAUCAAGGACGUCGUCAAUUUGGCCAAGAAAUAUACGCAAGAGAGCGCCGGCAUCUGGCGGACUAUCCACAAAUACUUCGCCGUCGACCCUAACCGCAGCAGUGGCAUCCCUGUCAAACACUUUCGCAAUCCUUCCCCGGCUGCUCAAGAUCCUAAGGCCUACGAUGACGCCGUGACAACACCUGCGGCAGACAUCGCAGAUAAUCCAUAUUGGAAGAGGGACGUACGACGAGCAUACCCCAAACUUAGCAUAGUAACGCAGGGAGAAGUAGUGGGGCUGUUGACGUUGGGCAGUGCGGCAAAUCCGAGUCCGAAGCUGUUGGCUGGCGAGGAGGGCAGUAAGCAAUUGGUCGCUGUGAAACAGGAAGGCGAGAGAGGGCUCGCCGCGUAUUUCGAGCAUGAGAAGGCGGCGGCAGUGCUCGGUGAGAAUGGACUGCCUCCUAUGCCGGUCGCUGUGGGGCACGCGAAAGGCGUAAAGUACCAGCAGGCACCGACGAGUUAUGGAGACGGUUAUCCGUGCCGAAGCUUUCUCUAG